AUGCAUUUGGGUUGGGGUUUGUCAGACGGAGAGGGCCUUGAGAGGAUUUGGUCUGCCCUCUCUCCGUUGGUGUCUCCAAAUCGGUACGCCACUAAGCAGCACCAAUUGAUCUCUCUGAAUUUGAAGGCCAUGCAUCGAAAUGAAAUUCUACGAAGAAAUGCAGUGCGAUCCACAGUAUCUAAACUUGCAACCGCUGAAAGAACUUACGAUACUGCCUUCAACACUCUCACACGACUCGAAGCUGAGCGUAGUGUUUACACGAUUGGUUAUUUCUCCGACCAAUGGGCAAGACAGAAACAAUGUCAGCUCGCGGCUAUGGCCGAUGGUGGCGUAAAAAAGUUGGAGGAAGUACUUAGUAACCUGCUUGAUCUUGAAGAUAAGUUGAAACAUGCGCACAACAAGCUUAAGCGAAUCCGAAGAAAACGUCGGCGUCAUCAGACCAAGACAGAACGUGAGGCAAUCUUAAAUUUACCGUCUUCGAUAGUUGCAUUGGAGGUUGCGAUUGAAGAAGUGACAGAGGAGCUAGCAGAUCCUGAAUUACAGAAUCUCAGAAUUGCAACAGGUACAAGUCAUGACACUAUAUGUACACAUGGCAUUUGCUGA